AUGCAAUGCCGGGCCAUUGCCGCCACACCCACCACAACUUGAGCGUUAACCGUCCAAUUUUUUCUUCGUCCCCUCCGCUCCGUCACUACCUUACUCCCACCUUCUUUCGACGAACGUCGUUCAAUUGAUUGUCUUACCCUUCCAGUGCAUAUCCCAUGCCUGGUUUCCUCCCUCAUUACCUAUUCUUCUUUUGCUAAACACUCCAUCUUGUCAAUAUGGCUGAGGAAACCACUCCUCCCGCUCAGGCGCCUGGUACGUAUAACGUUUUUUGUGCGAAGCUAGACCGCCCUUGUCGAAUGCUCGCUUGUAAAGUCCGGGGUCUCAACAGCCUCGACUCGGUCAUUGAAGGAGCUAUUAUAUAGCUUUUGCUUUGGCUGUACUGGUUUUACUUAUUCUUGGUACUGAUUUUGUUACACUAAACCGAGCUAAUUUGUCUCACAGCUGCUGCGUCCGAGGAGCCCGAGACCAACAUGGAGGCCGAAGCUCAAGACGUUGACGCUGGCGCUGAAGCGUUAAUAAACCUUACCAUCGUCUUGCCCGACGCCAAUGCUAGCAAGAUGCAGAUUAUGGUGUCUUCUCAAGAACAGGUUCACGAGAUUCGACAGUCCAUCAUUGACCUUCCCUCCGCAUUCCAAUACACUUGCUUCCACCUCGAGUUCAACGGCGAGAAGAUCAACGACUUCAUUCCCCUCUCUGAAAUUCCUGACCUCGGUACCACUCCUGAAUUCCACGUUGUUGAGGACCCAUAUACCGAGAAGGAAGCUCGCAUCCAUUUUGUCCGCAUUCGAGAGCUUAUCGGUGCGUCUGGAGACCGAUGCGACACUGCCCAGGGCCUUCUUCCGGGGUUGUCUCUUUUCGAAACUGUCGCCACAGAGGCCGUCGGCAACAACGAGUCGGCCGAAGAGUCACCCAUUCAGAACUACGAUUUCCAGGCUGUGCCCUCUCUUACCGAGCUGGUUCCUCCUCCCUCUGAGCCCGCUCCCAAGACAGUGAAGCAGAUCUCCUUAUCUUCCUGGAAUCCUCCUCCUCCUCACCUCCGACAGCGCGGCCACUUGCUCUACUUGGUUGUCUCCACCAACGAAGGCGAGCAAUAUCAGAUCACCUCUCACGUUUCGGGCUUCUUCGUCAACAAGUCAUCUAACGCCAAAUUCGAUCCCUUCCCUCGUCCGGCGCCCAAGGGUCAGUCAGCUCACUCUUUGCUGAGCCUGAUUGAGCUUGUCUCUGCAUCCUUCGCCGAGUCCUUCACAAAACUCCAGGACUACAACAACCAACGCGACCCUCUUGCCACUUUCCAAAUCACCAACGCUAUUCCCGCUGCUCCUUGGGUGGUUCCCUCUCCUAACUCAACACUUUGCACACAUCUUCCUGAUCCUGCACGAUCUCAGGAGACCUACCUCCUUAAUGGUGUCGAGAACACCGACACUCUGCGAGACUGGAAUGAAGAGUUCCAGUCAGCGAAGGAACUUCCUCGCGAGACAGUUCAGGAUCGUGUCUUCCGAGAACGACUCAUUUCUAAGCUCUUUGCCGAUUAUAAUGAGGCUGCUACUCGAGGCGCCGUCAUGGUCGCACGGGGCGACAUUGCUCCUUUGAACCCCACAGAAUGCAGAGAUGCUCAGAUCUUUGUCUAUAACAACAUCUUCUUCUCUUUCGGUGCUGACGGUGUUGGUACAUUCACUUCUGAGGGUGGUGAUGAGGCGGCUCGUGUCGCUACUGGCAAGGAUGUCGCUGGUGUGAAGCUCGUCAACCAAUUGGAUAUUGAGGGACUUUUCACUCCUGCUACCGUGGUUGUUGACUACCUUGGCAAGCGAAUUGUUGGUCAGAGCAUUGUUCCCGGUAUUUUCAAGCAGCGCGAACCUGGUGAGAACCAGAUCGACUACGGUGCUGUGGACGGCAAGGACAUCGUCGCCGCUGAUGAGAGAUUUGCUCCCGGCUUUGCUCAGCUGUCCAAGGCUCUGAAAGUCAAGAAGCAUCCUGUUUGGGAUAAGGAGGGCAAGCGAUUUGACUUGGAGGCCAGUGUGGAGACCAAGGGUCUGUUGGGUACAGACGCCCGCAAGUAUGUCCUGGAUCUGUACCGUAUCAGCCCCCUCGACAUUGCUUGGCUGGAUGAAGAUGGUCUUCCUGAGGAUGGCGAUGCCUACCCUCACCGCAUGACAGUCCUCCGACCGGAGCUUGUCGACUCGUUCUCGCGAUACAAGCUGAAGCAGUGGGUGGAUAAAGAGGUUGCCCGUCGAGCUGAGCAAAAGGAGAAGGAGGGUGAGACCAAGGCUGCAGAGGGUGACGCCAAGGGUGAAGAGGACGAGAGCGAGAAGAAGACCACAGAGGGCGAGGGCGAGGGUGAAGCCUCCAAGGAAGAGGAUAACCAGCCUAACCUGUCAGACUUCAAGUUCGCCCUUAACCCUGACGCUUUUAGUGGCCAGGUUCCUCAGACUGACGAAGAGAAGGCCGAGUUUGCCGCUGAUGAGGAAGAGGUUAGGGCAGCUGGAAAAUAUCUCCGCGAACAGGUUAUCCCUGACCUGCUCAAGGAUCUUUCCGAGUCCGAGAUCAGCUUCCCCAUGGAUGGCCAGUCAUUGAGCCGACUUCUACACAAGCGCGGUAUCAACGUAAGAUACCUCGGUAAGGUUGCUGAGCUCUCUAGUGAUGGCCGACUCCGAUGCUUGCGCGACAUUUGCGUCCAGGAUAUGGUUGCCCGAGCGUUCAAGCAUGUUUCUGCUGUCUACCUCCGACACCUACCAGUCCCUGCUGUUCCUGCUACUGUUUCUCAUCUCCUCAACUGUCUGCUUGGACAUAGGUUCAAUGAGAAGCCCGUUGCUGAGCUCGAUCCUUCCAUCCGCAGUCUCUACACUGAUGCCGACUGGUCGUUCGAGAAGGUUACACCUGAGAGUCUGCGGGAGAACAUUGAGGAGCAGAUCCUCCAGCGAUUCCGAUAUGAGCUCGACGAGGAGUGGCACAACCAGGUUCGCCCUGUGCAGCUUCUUCGUGAGGUAUCGUUGAAGAUUGGUAUUCAGCUUCUGGCCAAGGACUACAGUUUCAAUGCUGAGGCUGCCGCCACUGCUUCUGAAGCUGCUCCUGCAAAGGUCGAGAAGCCUGUUGCCAACGGCCAGACCAAUGGAGAAUCUGGUAGCAGCAAGAAGAAGAAGAAGAGCAAGGCUCGUGAAGCUUCUCCCGUUGAGGCUGCCGCCCCAGCCAAUGUGCAUACUUUCAGCCCCGAAGACGUCAUUGACCUUGUUCCUUUAAUCAAGGACUCGUGCCCUCGCAGCGCCCUCGCUGAAGAGGCGCUUGAGGCUGGCCGUAUCUCUCUUCUACAAAACCAGAAGAAACUGGGCCAGGAGCUUCUCCUGGAAUCCCUUUCCCUGCAUGAGCAGAUUUACGGCAUCCUGCAUCCCGAGGUCGCUCGUGUCUACAACAGCCUAUCCAUGCUCUACUACCAGCUCGAUGAGAAGGAGGCUGCUGUUGACCUUGCUCGCAAAGCUAUCAUCGUCGCUGAGAGAACCGUUGGUGUCGACUCAGCCGAGACUCUCCUUAACUACCUCAACCUGAGCCUGUUCCUCCACCAGAUUGGUGACAGCAAGGGUGCUCUUGUGUACUCCAAGCAUGCUCUCAAGAUGUGGAAGGUCAUUUAUGGCCCUGAUCAUCCUGAUUCUAUCACAACACUCAACAAUGCUGCUGUGAUGCUCCAGAACCUCAAGGCUUACCACGAGUCUCGACUCUGGUUCGAAGAGUCACUGCGCGUAUGUGAGUCUGUUUUCGGCAAACAGUCGAUCAACUCUGCCACCCUCCUCUUCCAGCUGGCUCAGGCUCUUGCUCUAGAUCGCGACUCAAAGGGAGCUGUUACUCGCAUGCGAGAGUCUUACAACGUCUUCCUUGCUGAACUUGGACCUGAGGACAAGAACACCAAGGAGGCCGAGAGCUGGUUGGAGCAGCUCACUCAGAAUGCUGUCAACAUUGCCAAGCAUGCUAAGGACGUUGCUGCUCGAAGACUCCGAACGGGUGUUCGGUUUACCACCAGUCCCUCAAGCUUGGCGGCUUCCAAUGCUACUGUCCCCGGCCGCACGGGACCUGGUUCACAAGUUGACUCCCGCAGCAUUGAUGAGCUUAUCAAGUUCAUCGAGGGUGGUGAACAUCAGCAGACCAAGAAGCGAACUGGCCGUGGAAACCCUAAGAGGCGAGGCCAGGCUGGAGCGCGAUAGGCUAACAAUUUAACGAAAUUCUUUAUGAUGCUAUUAUGUGGUCGAGUUUUUGACUCACCGCUGUGUAAAAGUAGAUGGUGAAACAAAAAGCAUGGGAAUUCCAUUAUGAAUCAUGUGAGAGCUGGGUGGCUUGGUCACGAAAAAAAGGAGGCCCUUGCAUUGGUUGGGUUUGGUACGGUUGGCGGCACGGUGGCGCGAUCACACGUAUUUGCAUCAAAAGGCGCGUUCUCAACAUUUGUAUAUAUCCAAGGCUCUGCUCUAGGCCAUUGGCCAGAUGAUCUUCACUCUUAUAUAACAUGUUCACACUUGGAGCACUUGGGUCUGUCUGUCGAGCUAGAAUUCCCCAGUGAUGCAAAAAGGUCUAUAAGAUCAAGUGAGUCGUUGAGCUGACCGUUCAGUCACGAAGAUACCUAAGUCGAGGAGAGAUGCUUUUUCGUUGGCGCGUUGCAUUCAUAAGUGUCGUCAACAUCCUUGGACGGCAACAUCAUGUACUCAAAAGUUUAGUACAAUUCAUGGCUCAGUGACUUAUCCCCCUUGAAACAGAAACGCCAGGGCAGAAAGAAAGCCUAAGUACGGCCUUGCAAGAUAGACGCCCCUCCGCCAACUGGCGCAUGAUACGCACCGAUACUCUGAAACCCCCUGGAUGAUUAUGUUAGCUCAGUCUCAAGUAAGUGAUGGGGAAAACAUACUUGGUUAAAUCAAAGCCGUGCUCCUCUUCGGCCUCUGCCGGUUGAGCAAUAGGCUGUGGACUUGACUUUUGAGGUCGAGAGGG